CAUUGAUACAGAAUACCAAAACAGUGCUUUACCCUCUCAAGGUGCUUUACGCUCUGCAAGGCUGCCAUCCCCCUCCCAACACAGAGCCUCUGCUGCCACAGCACCCACGACAUUUGUUUGUAAUGGAGGAGGGCUGGAAUUACCACCCUAGCACAGGAGUGCAGCUGUAUCCACCCCCACCAGUGCUGCAGCUCAGCUACCAAACCCUUUUGUCAUCCUCCUUGGAAAUUCCCAGGCAAAGGCCCUCGGUUCUGCAUGUACAAAGACCAUCCAUGCACGUGCAGCCAGUCAGGAACGUUCAGGACAUUGGACUCACUGCUCACAUGCAGUGGCUUCUCUGGACUCUGCUGCUGCCACUCCCAUCAGGAAUGCUGGCAGUACGGAUCCUGCUGCACGCUGCUGCCACUUUGGCUAUGAGGAACUAACCCGUGAGUCUCCAAGGCCUGGGGGUGGUACAUCCACUCUACCAACCCCUCAUCAUCAAAGGAGCAGAGACUGGUGGAGAGAAAACCCCCCUGGAGCAGAGCAGGGAAUGGGUUCCCCAGAAGGGCUGGCAGUGGCACUGAAGUCCUGCCUGGUCCUCAGCUGAGACUGGUGCACUUGGCCUUUAGAUUGGGAACAGAGUGUACCUGGUUCCCUGCCCAUGGCACCGAGUUGGACCUACAUGACCUUUAAAGACUGUUCCAAGCCCAGCCAUUCUGUGAUUAUCAAUCAUAUUAUUCAGAUCAACAGACUUUAUUAGAGAAACUGUUGGGUUUUGUACUGAUUACACAGAGUCUAAGAGGAAAUCUGUUUAGAGACUUCCAUGUGCCUUACACAAACAUUUAGAAGAGUAACUUAAAUACAGAGCAGUCAUGAUUUUACUGCAGUGAGUUAAAAAGAUGUGCUUUGCUCUGCAAAUUCAUACCAGAUCAGUUGAUUAUUUUCUCCUUCCAUAUGAAAAUGCUUAUGUGGCUAUUUUUGAAUACUUUUGACUAUGCAAAUAGCUCAUGAAGACAGAUUUUACUUCUAGGUAGUACUGGCAGUCUUGCUCAAAAAUCAGUCAUUAUCUCAGCCUUUCACAAAGCUUAGGGAGUUUUUCCCUUAGGAAAUCUCUCUUCUUUUGUUUUCCCCUCUGGUUUGAAAGAAUCUGAGACUGCUUUACAGCAGUUCCAAAAAGCAGCUGAACGUUACCACUAUAUGUCAGCAGCAAUGAAGAAGAUUGACAGAGAGGCUGCUAAUGCUUACGAAAUGUGGGUCGGUCUGUGACUGAGCCACUGAUUUUUCUUCAUCACUAAAAUACUGGGUGUAACUUCAUGGAUUGAUCAACAGACAUUGUGGGUAACACACUGAAGUUACUGAUAUUGGGGGAACCUGAAACUCAGACAAAUAUAUUUUUGGUUUUUUGCUGACAAAAAAUUCCUUCCUCUAAUUUACCUGCCUUUGAAAGCACAGUGCUUUCCAUGAGGUUAAGCCAACCAUGUCUGCUGCUGGCCAGGAGCAGAGGACACACAGCUUUCUUUAAGGCUUGUUCCACUUCAAACUGUAGCUAAUGACAAUCUUUCCAGUCACCACCAGCAUCCUCUCUCUUAACACACUGUAGCCCAAUCAGUUUUGGAAGCAAAGUUCCCAAACUGAAUCAUAAGGGCACAAGAACUCAAUUGAGACCCCAAAAAGAGCCCCAAAGCUCCGCAGGCAGGGCUGCCCUGCCAUGAGACACAGCAAGUGCAAUCUGUGACUGAGGCUGGAGCUGCUGCUGGCUGUGGUUGUGUCACUGCUCCAGGGGUGGUGAUGCUGCACCCAGCUGUGAGCAUGGGGAACACUCCCUAAAGCUUCUGGGGAGGAUAGAUUUGGGGAAGAAGGGAAUAAGGCAAAAAACACCCCAUGUGUGUAACUCCAUAGCUUGACAGCUUGAGAGGAGCCUUGACGGAGUGUGAACCCGAUAAUUUGACCUGUUCUGAUGGGGACAAAUGAGAUUAAUUAAGAGAUUUGCAGCUCAGUCAUGGCUUGGCCAGUGAGUUCAGGAAUAUUCCUCUGGAUUACAAAACAGGUAACGGAGAAAUCCUGAUCUGACCCCAAACUGAAACUCUAAGUGUCAAUUCAUCAAUAUUUGAGUUUAAAAACAUCAUAAUUUUAAAAACAUUGUAACAUCAAGAUAUUGCCAUGUGCUUUGUUUUGCCUCUCCUUGUAUGCACUGCUUCUGACACUUCCUGUAUAUAUAAUGGUGAUGAAUUUAUUUCUGUAUGGAUUUUUCUCCUGUGUAUUUAAAAAUGUUUCUUUUAAUGGUAAGCAACUUUCUGAUGUGUUUUCUUUUAAGGAAACCAAUAGAUAAAACAUUUAGAUGAGCUUUUGUCUUCUGUAAUUUCAUAAAUUCAGCAUUUGAAACCCUUAAGCAAACCAGUAAAACACGUGGGAGGUUUCAGCAGUUUAAGAUAUCCCAUGCAAUGAUGCAAAGUAAUCCAUGGAAAAUGAUAUCCGUGGUUUUAAGAUUGUUAUAGUAACCACUACCCUGGGUAAAGUUUUGGUUUUGCACUCAGCCAAAUAUAGCAGGCUCUUGGGCAAGAAUGCAAGAACUCACAUGUUGUAAUGCACAAUUGAUUAAAAUAAGUAAUAAAAAUUAAUUAAACUAUUAAGAUGGCAGAAAGUUUCCAGCUGUAUUACGAUGGUAAAUAACUCCCCUGGCCUGCCAAUGUAGCAUGUGUGCAUUAUAAAGGUGUUCCCUGGUCAGUGAAUGCCGGUUCAAUGCUGCCCUCUAAAGGAGACUUGUUUUUUAAUAGAAGCAAAUUUUAUGCUGUGACCGUGCCUCUUAAUUUACAGCACACAUGACUUUUGUGUAACUCUACAGUUUGAGUAGAUAUUUAUAAAACCAGGAGAGCAUGGAUAGAAACUUUAAUUUUUUUCCAAAUCUGGUAUUUCUUUCUUGGGAGAUACCAUUGUAUUCUCACCUUUUUUUUCAGUCCCACUGUUGCCCAGAUAAUCUACAGUGUUAUACAAAUAAAAUCUACCUAUAGCAGGCUUCCUGACACAUUUCUAUUUUUAAAAUGUUAAGCGUAGAAGGUCUGAAUUAUUUCCUUUGUAGGUAACAGAGUUCUCUUUAAGAUAUGCAAAAUAUUAAUAUCAACCAAUUAUUAAGAUUAGGAAAAAUUUAAAUGUGCCCAAACCUGUCCUGGACAGGUUUGUCCUGGACUGUUUGUCCUGGACAAACAGUGCAGGUAUGUGGCUGAAUUCAGAUCAGUGUGUUUGGUUCCAUUGUGCUCUGGCAGAGGAAGGAGUGCCCUCAGCAGUGUCCAGGGGUGAAAAGAACCUCAGUAUUGCUUUAAUUUGAAAUUCCUGGUUUUUACCUGUUCAGGACAGGCUGACAGGCUGAGCAGCACAGCCAGCCUUGCAGAAGUUUAACCAGAAGAUUUUCAAGUGUAAAGUUCCAUAUAUGGAUAAUUUCAAAAGGUCUGUGACACUUUAACUUGCCAAGGCAAUCACUGUGGCACACACUGAACCUGGCAACUUUACAGGACAGUGUUUAUAUUAGCAUAUUUCCUGACUCUUUUGCAAUUUUUUUUUUAAACAUAAAGGAGGGGGCAGAGAGAAACAUCUGGUCACUCUUACUUAGUCCAAUCUCAGUGUCAUUUACUGGAGUCACCUGCCUUUUAACCAUAUCCCUGGCACUGCACUGGACCUGGCCAUAAUUAGUUCAGUUUGAAAUACUCCGGAGCUCCACCUGGGGGAAUCUAUAGCAGACUGCAGCAAACCACCCUUCUUGCAAGCUGUUUUUUUCUAAUGAUCCAGUGAAGAUCGUGAAGGCAAAAGGCCAGUAUAUGUAUGAUGAGAAUGGGAGGCAAUACCUCGACUGCAUCAACAAUGUCGCUCACGUUGGGCACUGUCACCCUGAUAUAGUGAAGGCAGCCCAUGAACAGAAUCAAUUGUUAAAUACAAAUUCUCGUUACCUGCAUGACAACUUGGUUGAUUAUGCAGAGAGACUUUCAAAAACACUACCUGAGAAAUUAUGCAUCUUCUAUUUUUUGAAUUCUGGAUCUGAAGCCAAUGACCUCGCCCUGAGAUUGGCACGGCAGUACACAGGACAUGAGGAUGUUAUCGUUUUAGACCAUGCUUACCAUGGACAUCUGACAUCUUUGAUUGACAUAAGCCCAUAUAAAUUCAGAAAUCUAGACGGACAAAAGGAAUGGGUCCACGUGGCCCCUGUUCCAGACACAUACAGAGGACUUUACAGAGAAGACCAUGAAAAUUCAGGAACAGCCUAUGCUGAUGAAGUAAAAAAUAUUAUUGAGCAUGCACAGAAGAGAGGCAGAAAGAUUGCUGCAUUUUUUGCUGAAUCUCUACCAAGUGUGGGUGGUCAAAUCAUUCCCCCAGCAGGUUAUUUUCAGAAGGUUGCAGAGCAUGUGCACAAGGCAGGAGGUGUAUUUAUUGCUGAUGAAAUUCAAGUUGGCUUUGGCAGGGUUGGCAAGCACUUUUGGGCAUUCCAGCUUCAGGGAGAAGAUUUUAUACCCGAUAUUGUCACUAUGGGGAAACCGAUAGGAAAUGGGCACCCACUUGCUUGUGUAGCAACAACAAAAGAAAUUGCAGAAGCCUUUGCAGCCACAGGAGUAGAGUAUUUUAAUACAUUUGGUGGGAACCCUGUUUCAUGUGCCAUUGGAUUGGCUGUGUUAGAUGUGAUUGAGAAGGAACACCUGCAGGCUCAUGCCACAGAGGUAGGCAACUUCUUGAUGAUGAUACUCAAGGAGCAGCAAAUCAAGCAUCCCAUCAUUGGUGAUGUCAGAGGUUGUGGCUUAUUCAUUGGAGUGGACUUAAUCAAGGACCAAGCAGAAAGGACUCCAGCCACAGCAGAAGCAGAGGUUUUAAUAACAAGACUUAAGGAAAAUUAUAUUCUACUGAGUACAGAUGGGCCAGGAAGAAAUGUGCUGAAAUUCAAACCCCCGAUGUGUUUUAAUAUGGAGGAUGCAAAAUUUGUUGUGGAGACAAUGGACAAAAUAUUAACAGAUAUGGAAAAAGAAAUGUCUGAACCAUUAGAAAACACCUAAUUGUCCUACCUGAGCAGGUUUCAAACAAUGUUCAAGAUCUACUACAAAGAAACAUUAUUCUACUAUAAUAAUGCACAUUUAAUCUUCAUCCUAGCAUGUCUUAGACCAGAUAAGUCACCUUUGAUUUUUCUGUUUUAUCUUGUUUUUAGUAAAAGCUCCAGGAGAAAUAAAUUUUACAAGAGCUUGUCUCAA